UGAAAAAAAACGGCAUGCAAAAAAGCGGCAUGAAAAAAGGCUGCACGCUGAGAGCAUGUUCUUUAACCCCAAGCAAUUUAAGAACCUGUUUCCAGAGGAGGGGAAAAAAAAGGGGGCGGGCGCGUAUGAUGAUGACUGCCUUAAUCUAGAAGAAGUAGAAAACCUACAGGAAAUCAGCCCCGAUUUGUAUAAAAAGUUAUCUGACUACAACAAGGAGGAAGCGCUAGACCAAUCGAAAGGUGAGAGUGACCAAGCAGAGGAGACGUUCGAUGGAGUUGACCCCAAGGACAUUUCUGUGUACGAAGGACUACCGCUUCUUAUGAUUGAUGGGAAGGACUUCCAGGGAUUUCCGGACAACAGGAAGGUGAAGAUUUCGCCGGAAAUUGCCACCCCGUUUGAUAAUUCCGAGUACGACGACUUUGUGGAGUCGAACAGGCGGAAGAGCGACGUGUGCAGUGGCUCAGGUGGAAAUGUCCGCAAGGGGUCGCAAGGUGAAGCGGCACACAAAUCGGCCACGCACCUUCGUAACGGCGUUGACGCUGGAGAGGACGUGCCCGAUUUCGAAAGAGACGUGCUCUCCAUCAUCGGCGAGGGGGAGCAGAGCCCGCCUAAAAGCUGCGACGUGGGGGAGCAGAACCCCCCUAAAAGCUGCGACGCGGGGGAGAAAAAAAUGACGAAGGAGGAAAAAAUAGAAAGAUACAAAAAAGUGGGAAGACACUACCAUAUGGAUUCGCAAUUAGGAGAAAUACUAUACGAUAGGGACUACCCAGGGUACAUAUACCUAAAUCAUGGAGAAGACAUAAAAGAGCUAGACGAGAAAAGCGAGUUCGAUUCAGAGUCACCAGGAUAUAUAAACCCAUCCAAUGUGUUCCUACGAACUGGAAGGAAAAGAGAAGAGCAGAAGAAGAAAGACAGUGGCAUUAAACAAAAAAGGAGGUGGAAUUUGAAGGUAGAAAAAGAUAUUAAGAGAGGAAAUUGGAAGUACUACGAUGAUACAGUGAAAGAUCUGCUUGACUCAACUGACCAGGAAAAAUUAGAAGAAAAUUACUAUUCCAAUAAUUACUACCAAAGGAGUAAUAACAACACAGGAUUUGGAAGUACGGAUAAAGUUCAGAACAAUUAUUUUGAUGUGCAAUUUAUCGGGUCGGCAGAAACGUACCCAGCAAAUGUAUCAGUAGGCAUGAAUUUCAUUUGGCCAAUCAAUUUCAUCCCCAUGUUAUGCAAACAAUACCCAAAGAGGUUAGGCCAGCCCAUCAAAUCAGAUAUUUUUAACCUCGGUGGAUUUGACUCUCUUCAGUUAUGGUUUUACCCCGACGGAAUGAAUAACUCCAUUGAUGGUUUCUGCGCUUUGAAAUUAAUGAUGAGGCCUGGUUCGUACCUGCCUGUUAAAAUUUUCCUCUUCGCAUUUAGCGAAUAUAAUUACCUGCACACCCAACCCUUUUACAAAGAAUCAGCUGACUACGUUGCGGUUUCGCUAAACCUGUGCAAAUGCUUAUUAAAGACGAAGGAAAAUUUAAAAAAAAUUGAAAACAAUAAGGAUUACGUAAUUUUAGGGCCUGCAGGGAAUAUCUACAUUGGGGUGGGCAUUUUUGACGACACGUAUGAUUUGGAGGAAGAUUUCAAAAAAUUCUACUCAGUUAGUAACAAAUAUAAAAAUAAGAAGCCGCAGUGUGGGAAGGAGAACCACCAGUUCAAAUACGACUGGGAUGAAGGCGUCCACAUUUUUGACAACUGGUUGAAGAAGCAGACGGCCGUGACGGAGGACAAGGACGAGCUGCUGCCGGUGUACUACACGCACUCGGAGCUGUAUGAGAAUUAUAAGUAUCGCUACGUCCCGGAGAAGAACCCCUUCAAGUUUUUGAACCGGAAGCCCGACAGGACCAAGUGGAACCGCCACCCCUUCUGAGGAACUCUGCAGGGGGUGCUGCUGGGAGAAGUGAUUGAAGCAGUGCUAGAAGUAGUGCCAGACGCAGCUGCA